AUGGAGAGCGGGGCCUACGGCGCGGCGAAAGCGGGCGGCUCCUUCGAUCUGCGGCGCUUCCUGUCUCAGCCGCAGGUCGUGGUGCGCGCCGUGUGCAUGGUCUUCGCCUUAAUCGUGUUUUCCUGCAUCUUCGGCGAGGGCUACAGCAAUGCCCACCAUUCCAAGCAGCAGUACUGCGUGUUCAACCACAAUGAGGACGCCUGUCGCUAUGGCGGGGCCAUUGGCGUGCUGGCCUUCCUGGCCUCCGCCUUUUUCCUCGUAGUGGACUCCUACUUCCCCCAGAUCAGCAACGCCACAGACCGCAAGUACCUGGUCAUUGGCGACCUGCUCUUCUCAGCUCUCUGGACUUUCUUGUGGUUUGUUGGUUUCUGCUUCCUCACCAACCAGUGGGCGGCCACCGACCCUGCAGACGUGCUGGUGGGUGCCGACUCAGCCCGUGCAGCCAUCACCUUCAGCUUCUUCUCCAUCUUCUCCUGGGGGGUGCUGGCCUCCCUGGCCUACCAGCGCUACAAAGCCGGGGUGGACGACUUCCUCCAGAACUACGUGGACCCCACCCCCGACCCCAGCACGGCCUACGCCUCCUACCCCAGUGCCUCCUCCGUGGACAACUACCAGCAGCCGCCGUUCACCCAGAACGCGGAGACCCCUGAGGGCUACCAGCCACCCCCUGUGUACUGA